GCCGCGCCCCUCCUGCGGGGCUGGGGACGGGUCUCCCCGCCGGACAAACGAGGGGCUGCGGGAACGGACCGGUGUCGUCCUGACGGCGCCGGUCGCCUUGUGUCCGUGCGGUGUGGUGACUUGGCUAUUUCGAUGGCUGUACCGGGGGGACUGCACCUCCGACGGACAAACGCCCCGGCCACCCUCGGGGCGGAGGGCGUCUCAGCCCUCACCCCCUGGAUGAGCUGUGUUGCACUCCAGUUUUUGUCAAGUGGGAGGUUAAAAUUUUGAACAGACUCCCUGAUGAUCAGAACUGAUUUCAGGCCCACCUUUUGGAAAAAAGACUGCCUUUUAAAAGCUCUUACGUUUUCUAUCCGCGCUGCCUCUUGGUAGUGCUCUCGACGACUUUUCUCCUUAAGGUUAUCUUUCAAAACUGUGUUCCUGGGAAACCUAAAAGAGGAAACAGGAGUUUGUUUUUGCGAUAGAUUUUCAUUUUCUCAGACUAACGUAAUUUCAGUAAAAACAUUUCAGCGUGAAAACUCCAUUUUCUUUAUUGUAUUUAUUAGUAAUUCUUCAAUAUAGAAUCACUGAUCGUUAACAGUGUGUUCUAUCUUAGUACAUUUCAGCAUCAAGACUAGAAAAAAAUAAAGAAUGGCUGUGGAGGAACUUCAAUCCAUAAUAAAGAGAUGUCAAAUCCUAGAAGAGCAAGACUUUAGAGAAGAAGACUUUGGCCUGUUUCAGUUAGCAGGCCAGAGAUGCUUAGAUGAAGGGCACAUAGAUCAACUGGUAGAAAUUAUUCAAAAUGAAAAGAAUAAGGUCAUCGUCAAGAACAUGGGCUGGAAUCUAGUUGGUCCUGUUGUUCGAUGCCUUUUAUGGAAUGAUAAGGAAGAUGAUAAAAGAAAGUAUUAUUUUCUGAUGCUUGAUGUACUGGUAAAGUUAUGUAAUCCAAAGGAAUUAUUGUUGGGUUUGCUUGAACUGAUUGAAGAGCCGUCUGGAAAACAGAUAUCCCAAAUUAUUCUUCUUUUACUUCAGCCAUUACAAACAGUGAUUCAGAAACUUCGUAAGAACAAGGCGUAUUCAGUCGGGCUAGCGCUGUCCACUCUGUGGAGUCAGCUCUCGCUGCUUCCUGUUCCCUACUCGGAAGAACAAGUGCGAGCGGACGACCACGGCCUCUGUCGGUGCUGCAAGGCCCUGGCAGAGUUUACUCAGCCUUUUGUGGAGGAAGUCGCUGCUGACAAGGAAAACUCAGUGGAAAAUGAAAAAUUAAAGGAUGAAUUACUGAAAUUUUGUUUCAAAAGCUUGAAAUGCCCUUUGCUGACAGCACAAUUCCCUGAGCCGUCUGAAGAAGCUGGAAAUGAUCCUUUCAGGUGUUUUGCGUCUGAAAUAAUAGGUUUUUUAUCAGCAAUUGGAUACCCUUUCCCCAAAAUGAUUUUUAAUCAUGGAAGGAAAAAGAAGACUUGGGAUUAUCUUGAAUUUGAGGAAGAAGAGCACAAGCAGUUAUCAGACUCCCUGGCUUCUCUGGCGUACCUCGUGUUCGUGCAGGGCAUCAGCAUUGAUCAGCUUCCCAUGGUCUUAAGCCCAUCAUACCUUUUGCAAUUUAACAUGGGCCAUAUUCAAGUCCUUUUACAAAGAACAGAGGAGUCUGUUUUCUCCAAAGGAUUGGACCUGCUGGAGAACGGUUUGUUGAGAUUAGAGGACAACAGGCUGCUUCACCAGUACUUAGAAAUCAAGAGCUUCCUUACUGUGCCUCAGGGCUUAGUCAAAAUAAUGACACUCUGCCCCACUGAGACACUGAGAAAAAAGGGUUUAGCCGUGCUUCAGUUGUAUAUUAACAAGUUGGAAUCACAAGGCAAAUAUACAUUAUUUAGGUGCUUACUGAAUACAAGUAAUCACUCAGGUGUGGAGGCCUUUAUUAUUCAAAAUAUCAAAAAUCAAAUUGAUGUGUCAUUAAAGAGAGCACAUGACAACAGAUGGUUCACAGGACCACAGCUGAUUUCCCUUCUAGAUCUGGUGCUCUUUCUCCCAGAGGGUGCUGAAACAGAUCUACUGCAAAACUCAGAUAGGAUAAUGGCCUCAUUAAAUUUAUUGAGGUAUUUGGUUAUCAAAGAUAAUGAAAAUGACAAUCAAACUGGACUAUGGACAGAACUCGAAAAGAUUGAAAAGAAUUUCUUAAAGCCACUCCAUAUAGGACUUAAUAUGUCAAAAGCACAUUAUGAAGCAGAAAUUAAAAACAGCCAAGAAGUCCAGAAGUCUAAAGAUCUUUGUUCUGUAACUGUGGGUGGAGAAGAGAUCCCUAAUAUGCCUCCUGAAAUGCAGCUUAAGGUCCUACAUUCAGCUCUUUUCACAUUUGAUUUGAUUGAAAGUGUUCUGGCUCGAGUAGAAGAACUCAUUGAAAUGAAAACAAAAUCUACCUCUGAAGAAAGUAAGAGAUGAAGUCAAAGCUCCAUCUCCUAAAUAAAAAUUAGUAAAAUGUAUUUUUCAUUAAGAUUUAUUGAAUACCUUUAUUAAAAUUUUUCUGUGAAACACUUACCAAUAGAAAAUAAAUGUAGCUUUUCUUAUUUAUGUUUCUGUAAUGAUACAUUAUAGAUCAGUGGCAUUGUUUGGUUUUAAAAAGGUAUCCACAUGGUAAAUAAUGCCCAUAUGUGUAUUCUAAGUACAACUGUUAAAAAUCCAACACAAAUGAAUAAUUUUACACUAUGACUUCAUAAAAUGUACUUGAAUUGCUUUUAUUCAUUCAGAUAGUUGUAGUGAGUUGAUAAAAAUACUGAUAAAUUUUAUGUUCCAGUUAGAUGUUGUAUGUUACAUUUCAGAACUCCUAGUAUGGAACUGGCUAUCAUACCACCAUAAGCGCUUAGAGAGCAGUUUUGAGUUCAGACCAGUUCACUACUUAACCUCCCCUGCUUUCUCUGUCUCCAGAGGAGGACAGAGUUCUACCAGCAGCUCUCCAGCAGCAGUUACAAAGUGAAAGCAUCUGCAGAGAUUAAUUUUAGAAAUACUGGCUGGCUCAUGGAAAAGCUAAAAAGUACCUGUGACUUUUCCUUUAAUCUAAGGGGCUAACUAGAAAAUGCUGUAUAUUUAUUUCCAAGUAAAUAAUUGUUUACCCAACUGAGUUUGUAUCAUUAAGAAACUGCAUCUGAAUUUUUAUGUAUGUACCAAUUUUUUUAAGCAUUACUAAAUGAAUUAACAAAACUGAAAA